ACUAUUGUUAACAUUGAUUGAAAAGUCCGAGCAAGGCGUAUAAAAAGGGGCUUUAUUCCCUAGUACAAUAAUGGCAAUUAGCAACCUGUCGAAAGCAUUCUAAACCUAUAGUGUGUCAGUUUUACCCAAGCAAGAAUGAUGGAUUCAACUGUAUUGGUGACUGGAUCAACCGGUUUUCUUGCUCAACAUGUUAUCGAUAAGCUCUUGCAACGAAAAUAUGAGGUCAUUGGAACAACCAGGUCCGAAGAAAAAUCAGCUUUUCUUCUAAAUAACUUCAAAGGGAAGUAUCCAAGUGCAAAACUCUCUUUUGAAGUUGUUGCUGAUAUUGCAGCCAAAGAUGCCUUUGAUGAGUUGCUAAAAAAGCAUCCAGAGAUCAAGUAUGUUAUACAUACUGCAUCUCCGGUGACUCCUGAUUCUGCAAAAUCAUUCGAGGCUGGGUACCUUGCACCUGCUCUCAAUGGUACCCUAAGCAUUCUCAAUGCUAUCAAAUUGUAUGCUCCACAAGUAACCAAUGUUGUGAUCACCUCGUCCUAUGCAGCUCUCACGGAACAGGGAAAUGAACCUAAAGGAGUAGUUAUUACAAAUAAAUCGUGGAAUCCAAUGAAUUGGGAAGACGUAAAAACCUGGCUUGAUGCAUAUUCGGUUUCAAAAAAAUAUGCUGAACAGGCUGCAUGGAAAUUUUGUGAAGAUGAGAAACCAAGCUUCAAGUUAGCAACUGUGAAUCCACCUUUUGUAUUAGGUCCUCAAGUUUUCGACAACUCUUUGAACAAACAAUUGAAUGUCUCGAACAAUAUGUUGAGUGAAAUCACUCACAUAGAUCCAGCUGCUACAGGUCCACAAACGAUGUCACCAGUAUUAGCUAUAAGCGCCCCAGAUAUCGCCGAAUUCCAUAUUUUACCCCUUGAGAACAAGGAGCUUGAAAAUGAAAGGUUGUUUGUCGUUGGUGCUCCUUUGAUUGCACAGAAAGUCCUUAACAUAUUGAACGAUAAUUUCCCUGAACUUCGUGGAAAGAUUGCCAAAGGUGAUUACGACAGUGCUGAUGACUUGAUCGCAGAAUUAUGUCCCAAAUACGACAUUUCCGCCACCGUUAAAAAAGCAUCAGACUAUAAAUUUGCCUCGGUAGAGAAUGCCAUAGUCGAUGUCUUCAAGCAGUACCUUUCGAAAUAUAGCAUAUAAUAAUAGUUAUAUAGACGUAGACCUUAUUCUUCGGCCUCGGGGCUUCUUUAAUAUGAAUUGGGUAAAUGUUUAAAAAUGUUACUGUUGACCAGAAAUAGGCUUUUCGGGAUGAAGCUUUUCGGGAUGAAGCUUUUGAGCAAUAACUGAAAGCAUAAUAAUCUGUUGGAG